AUAUGAUUAAUAAAACUUUCAGGUUAAACUCUUUCAAAGACAAAAGGAGUGUUAACUCUCCUAUUCAAGAUCUUACCUUAUGUUCCCCAUCUAAGAGAACUCCAAUUCCAAUAUCUGAUAAGGUCAAACUAGUCAGAAGAGUGGACUAUUAUAAGCAAUGCAGUCGAGAAGAAUUAAUGCCAAGAAAAAGAGAGUGUCUAAGCAUGGAUAGAGAGAGAACAUUCACACCUCAGAAAAUCUCUCCACCCAUAAAAUUUAAGUAUAGGAGGAGAAGAUUGGUACUUUCAAAUGAAGAUCGUUUGAAGGAAAUUAGGAAUACCAGAUUUCUUUCCCCAACAUUGAAGCAGCUGCAUGUGAAUAUGAGCAAGUUUAUCAGAAAUAAGAUAAAAUCAAUGAAAUCUCAAAAUGGAAGGUUGAUCUCUCCAAAUAAGCUUCGGAACAAAGUCCAUGUCAUUUCAAGGAUGAAUCGAGCAAUAAAGAACUUAGACUUAAGAGGUAUUAAUGCCACGCUUCCAAGACUUGAUAACAGCUAAUGGGAACCAGACAAGAAGGUGUCCCCUUCUAUCUAUUAAUAAUUUGUCUCUUAAUAUAAUGUUGG